AUGGAGCAGCUCCUGGGCGGCCGGCGGCCCCAGCUGGUUUCCAUGAUGGGGCUGGGGCAGCGCUCCUGGGAGGUCACCUUAGAUGAGGAGCGGGGGCGGCUGGCCUGGCGCAACCCCCGCCCGCUGCGCCGUGGCGGCGAGAACUGUUUUUUACCUAUCUCUGAGAUCAUUGCUGUAGAAGAAACUGAACUUAACAAGAAACAGCGCAAUAUUGGCAAAUGGCAAAAAAUGGCAAAGCCACAUGCUUUCACAGUUUAUUAUGUGAAGAAAGCCCGAAAUCACCGCUGGCGGUGCAAUGAUGUGACAUUUUGGUGUGCUGAUGAGCACUUGUGUAAUCAGUGGAUACAGGUGCUGAAGGAAUUACUUGAAAUGCAGAAGUCUAGACCAAAGCAGUUGCUGGUGUAUAUUAAUCCAUAUGGAGGAAAACGACAAGGGAAGAGAAUUUAUGAACAGAAAGUUGCUCCACUCUUCAGUCUGGCUUCUAUCUCCACUGAUGUUGUUAUAACUGAACAUGCUAACCAUGCUAAGGACAAUUUAUUUGAAGUUAAUAUUAAUAAAUAUGAUGGUGUUGUUUGUGUUGGUGGGGACGGCAUGUUCAGUGAAGUGAUGCAUGGUCUCAUUGGAAGAAUGCAGAAGGACUCUGGCAUAGACCAAAAUAAUCCCAAAGCACCGUUAGUCCAGUGCAAUAUAAGGAUUGGCAUAAUUCCUGCUGGAUCAACAGACUGCAUAUGUUAUUCAACUAUUGGCAUUUCUGAUCCAGUAACAUCAGCUCUUCAUAUUAUUGUAGGUGACUGUCAGCCUUUGGAUGUCUCUUCUGUACAUCACAACAACACGUUUUUGAAGUACUCUGUAUCAUUGUUGGGUUAUGGUUUUUAUGGAGAUCUAUUAAAAGAUAGUGAAAAGAAGCGGUGGAUGGGUCCGAUAAGAUAUGAUUACUCAGGCUUCAAGACUUUUCUUUCUCAUCAUUACUAUGAAGGAACACUUUCUUUUCAACCAGCAAAACAUACACUGGGAUCUCCAAGAGAUAAAGAUAGCUGCAGAACAGGAUGUUACAUUUGCAAGAAAAGUGAGCAACAGCUGGCAGAACAGCGCAAGGAAUAUGGAUUAAAACAUGAAGAAGAUGAAGAAGAAUGGAAGGUUAUUAAAGGGAAAUUUCUAGCCAUCAAUGCAGUAAAUAUGAGCUGUGCCUGUCCAAGAAGUCCAAAAGGUCUUUCACCAGCAGCUCAUUUGGCAGAUGGUUCAGCUGACCUCAUUCUAGUUCGUAAAUGCUCAAGAUUAGAUUUUCUACGGUAUCUUGUCAGACACACAAACCAAGAUGAUCAGUUUGACUUCUCAUUUGUAGAUGUUUAUCGGGUGAAGAGUUUUAAAUUUACAUCAAAGCUUUCAGAAGACAAUGAAAGCAGUGUCACAGACAUAGGAAAGAAAGGGUUUGGACAGUUCUGCAGAGAUCAUCCAUCCUGUUGCUGUCAUAUUGCUAAUAGCAGCUGGAAUUGUGAUGGAGAAACUCUGGACAGCUCAGCAAUUGAAGUGAGGGUUCACUGCCAGUUAAUGAAACUAUUCGCAAGAGGAAUUGAGGAAGACUGUAAAGAUGAAACUGCCUACAGCCAGAGUAGCAUUGAACAAUUACUAUAAACAUUGUUCCUCCAAUGGGGAGAAGAAAACAUAAAAG